CCGGCGGGCGGCUUCCCGAGUGCCUCCGCUGCAGCUGACGCGAUUGGGAGCUACCUGAGUUGGGUUCGGUUCGGCUGCUGUGGCUUCGGGCGCCUGUAGCUGCGCUCCUAGCCUUGUCUUUGCGUGGCUGCGGCCUAGGCAGCUUUCGUAGCCCUCGGCGUCUCCAGAGGCGGCGCUGCCGCCUAACCCCUAGGCCGCUUUGGGCCGCGGAGCCCAUGAGAGCGCGGGCCCCGCCGCCGCAUUUGCGGCGUAGCUGUCGUCCCGGGGCGCCCCGAGCCGGCGGGGGCAUGGCGGUGGCAUGAACACGGAACCUCCGCCAGAGCCGGAGAAGAAGGCGGUGUCGGAGCCCGAGGCGGGAGCCAUGCCGGAGAAGCGCGCGGGCUCGCGGGCCGCGAGCGGCAGCUCGCUACAAGGCUUUGGCCGACCAAGUGUAUACCAUGCAGCUGUUGUCAUCUUCCUUGAAUUCUUUGCAUGGGGCCUACUGACAACUCCAAUGUUAACUGUUCUACAUGAAACGUUUCCUCAACACACAUUUCUCAUGAAUGGUCUCAUUCAAGGCGUAAAGGGCCUGCUGUCUUUUCUGAGUGCACCACUCAUAGGCGCGCUGUCUGAUGUGUGGGGAAGGAAGCCCUUUCUCCUCGCCACCGUCUUCUUCACCUGCUUUCCGAUUCCACUGAUGAGGGUCAGUCCGUGGUGGUAUUUUGCAAUGAUCUCCAUAUCUGGCGUCUUCUCAGUCACUUUCUCUGUGAUAUUUGCCUAUGUAGCUGAUGUCACUCAGGAGCAUGAGCGAAGUACUGCUUAUGGAUGGGUCUCAGCCACAUUUGCAGCCAGUCUGGUCAUCAGCCCAGCCAUCGGAGCAUACCUCUCCGCUAGUUAUGGAGACAGCCUUGUUGUGCUGGUGGCCACAGUGGUGGCUCUCCUGGACAUCUGCUUCAUCUUACUGGCUGUUCCAGAAUCUUUGCCGGAGAAAAUGAGACCUCUCUCCUGGGAAGCUCGUAUUUCUUGGAAACAAGCAGACCCUUUUGCGUCACUGAAGAAAGUUGGAAAAGAUUCUACCGUCUUACUAAUCUCCAUCACUGUUUUUCUUUCAUACCUUCCUGAAGCUGGACAGUAUUCAAGUUUUUUUCUCUAUCUCAGGCAGGUCAUAGGUUUUGGAUCUGUCAAAAUCGCAGCAUUCAUAGCUAUGGUAGGAAUUCUGUCUGUUGUGGCUCAGACAGUCUUUCUCACCAUCCUGAUGAGAUCCCUAGGGAAUAAGAACACCAUUCUCCUUGGUUUGGGCUUCCAGAUGUUCCAGUUAGCCUGGUACGGUUUUGGAUCUCAGGCAUGGAUGAUGUGGGCAGCAGGGACUGUGGCUGCCAUGUCCAGCAUCACAUUUCCAGCGAUCAGUGCCCUCGUCUCUCGGAAUGCAGAGUCAGAUCAGCAAGGUGUUGCCCAGGGUAUCAUAACUGGAAUAAGAGGACUGUGUAAUGGCCUGGGGCCAGCCCUGUAUGGCUUCAUAUUCUACAUGUUCCACGUGGAGCUGACUGAGUUGGAACCACAGUUGAAUUCUAACCCUGCUGCCCUGCAGGGAGCUGCCAUCCCAGGCCCACCGUUUUUAUUUGGGGCGUGUAUAGUUCUCAUGUCUUUUCUGGUUGCCUUAUUCAUCCCUGAAUACAGUAAAGGCCGUGGAAUUCAAAACCAUAGCAGCAGCAGCAGCCUGACCAACCCUGCAGCACGAGGCAAUGAUGAGGACGUUGAGCCGCUGCUGCGGGACGGAAGCAUCUGGGAGUCCUCUUCCUUUGAGGAGCCUGGGAACCAGUGCCCUGAGCUAUGACUCUGCAGAAGAGGGUUCUGUAGACGCCAUCUCUGAGAGCCAUGGGGGAGCCACUCCACAUAGAGACUUCAUGGUGCUGGAGGGGAGAUACAAGUGGACUCCUUCAGGGCUGCGCUUGGGAUGUAACCACCUCCAUCCCUCUGUCUCCCUCCCCUUCUUCCUCCUCUUCCUUUCUACCAUUCUUUUUCUCUCUGUUCAUACGUUAGAACAAAAGAUUUGAAAUACUUUUUUGCAAAUAGUAUGCAACUCUCAAAGUUAUCUGGAGUUCACACUUUGAAACUCAGAUAGAAAAAGUCAUCUCUGGUAGAAAGAAUGACUCUAAUAACUGCAGAGUAGAAGUGAUCAUGCCGUUUUCAGUAGAAGGUGCAAGAUUGUAGUACAACUGCCAUCUCUGGCAAAAUUUGACUUAAAGAAUCCCAUAUUUUCCUCCCUCCUGUUUCUCUGAACUGUGCCCGUUUAGCCCAUAGGUGUUUAUAAGUGGCCACUCCAAGAGUCACUCAGUAUCAGGGAUCUUUUACCUUUUUUCAAAGGUCAAGCAAAAAUCUAGUCUUACUCUCCUUCUAUUCUUGGCUAGAAUGAAAUUAAGCAUAUACACCUCUGGACAGUAAUAAUAUUGAUUAGUGAUAACCUUUACCAGGUGAAGAAAAAUUUUUUAAUAAAUUUAAAUCAUGAAGGACUAACAAUUCAGAUUCCUGGACCUGAAGUCUUGAUUACAUCCAAGGUUAUUUUACAGAAGAAAAACACAUCAAGCAUUCUGGUGGCAACGUAGAAAUUGGAGGGUGCUUAUGAUAAGGUUUUCCACAGUGUGUAAGCAUUCCUAAGUGAGGAUGAGAGGUAGUAACUGAGUACCAGUGGGGUUUAUAUCCAGGCUGAGGCUCAUGUGACGCAUUAGUGCUGUGUACUCCCGCCCCUGUCUCCUGUGCCUGUUGUUCCAUGUUUCUCACUCAUCACACCCCUGCCUUAACUGCUCUACGUAGACGUGUCUUCAGUCAGACUUUAUUUGCAUCUGUUUGUCUGCCAUUUGAGUCUCAUGGGAAUAUGCACAGCAGAUUCAUUUCUAAAAUAUGAUGGUUUAAGAAGCUCAGUUUCAAAAUAAGUGUCUUGCUAAUUUUUUGAGCUGUUUUAUGGACAAAGAAAACUUUACAGAUUUACAUGUAUUUUGCUGCACCAGGAGGUGGACCAUUAACUAGGGCCUAUCUUUAACAUAGCACUCCUUUGAAAGUUUUAUAGGUAUGAAAUAUAUGUAGAUAUUCAUAAGGAGUUUUAAUUUUUUUUGUUGGGGUGCUGUGUAAAUCUUGUAUUUAUAAAUGUAAUAAAGGUAUUGACAAAAAAUAUAUAUACAACUUUUAUAAAGGAUUGUGUACUGACUGAACACAUUUAAAAGAAAAUAUAUUUUGAAACCUGUUCUGCUAUGAACAAAGAUAACAUAUCUUUUUACUAUGCUGUUGGUUUUUAAGUUAAGCUUCCUAAUGCAUAAUAAAUUUGCAAUGGAUACUGUUA